UCUUUAGAUCGACUUUAUGAAUUAACCGUAUACAAUGUUUAUGUUUUUGCUCAUAAAGUAGCAGUUAUAAGUGACGCACUUACUGUGAUAAUAUCUUGAUGUUUAUGAGGCUCAUCACUUUAGGAUGUAUGUACUGGGUUAUUGAUAUACUGAAACUACUUAAAUUGCUGCGUGUUACAUCAUUGUAGUUAUAACUAAUUCAGUGGAUACAAUGUGAACAUUACAUGAAGAUAUUUUCAGGUUCAGUCGACUGUCUCAGUAAGUUAGCUUAUUAUAUAGCAGUGUUUAAGUGAAUAUAUGCAUUCCAAUGUUUCAUAAAUUGUGGUAAUCAUUUGAACGCGCAAGGGAUAUACAUUAAUAUCAGUAUGACAUUUUUGUAAUACCAUCGCUCAGCUUGGAUUGAUUUUUAUUUCAGUUCUGAAUGCAACAUAUGUGCAAGUAUACACUUAACCCAUAAAUACUUUAGAGUGAAAUAUUCUGAUAUUUACAUUAACCUAAAUAGUUUUCCUCAUCGGAUGUCAACAGUCUAAGAUGAAUGGGUGUGGAGUGCAACUUAAUGGGUUAAAUCGCUUUUCACCACCUUAACUCAAGCUGUGUGUUCGAAUGUGUUGAUGUUGGAUUUAACUAGCUUUAAGCAGCUACCUCAGAUAUUUGGAAUAUCGGUGACGAAAUCUUUAGUACUACCACUGCAAUAUCAGAUAUUUUGUAUAUGAUUUCAAUAUCAAAUUGCACACCGGUAUUCAUAAAUUUUACAAGGCUGAAACGUAUAUGCUUUUGAACUCAAUACUGAGCUAAACCUGAAUGCCUAUCUAGUAUCUACCAUAGGCAGGGUCAAUGUCUUAAAUCUUAAGCUUGCUACUGGGAUAGGUUUGGAUAUAAAAACAACUUAACAGAUAAACCUUGGACUUUCAAUUGACAACGUGUAACACUCAGCACCAGAACCAUUCACUCCGCGUCCCUGACCCCCUGGAUCCCGGCAUGUCAAGCUUGGAGGUUGAGGUGAGGGGCGGCUGCACGGUCGCUCAGCUGACUGAAAUCCUCACAGCGGAUGGGGGAAUCAUGAUGCUGCCCUCUCGGCCGUUCGAUGAGAUCACACCGGGACUUUUCAUUGGCGAAGAGGCCAUUGCUCGAUCCCCAGCAAACCUGACACACAUUGGUGUAACCCACGUGCUCAACGCGGCAGAAGGAGCAGACGACAACUAUCACGUGACUGCUGACAAAGAGAUAUAUCGUCCCGCUGGCAUAAAGUAUAAAGGUGUCGAGGCAUCGGACGAUACGGAGUUUGAUCUAUCAAAACACUUCAAUAAUUGUGCUGAUUACAUUGCCGAUGCUUUGGAAGGCGGAGGUAAAGUUAUGGUGUUCUGCAAAGUGGGCUCAAGUCGUUCAGCUGCUAUAGUCCUGGCGUUCCUCAUGUUAAAGCGGCACUACACGGCGCCGGAGGCUGUCAAGCGCGUGCGUAGUAGGCGGGAAAUAUGUCCGAACGAUGGCUUCCUGCAACAGUUAUGUGAUUUGAAUGAAACGUUAAAAUCUAUUGGACAUUUUGAUAAGAAACGGCCCCAGAGUACAAACAUGUAAUCAUUGUGCAGAACGCUCUGAACAUACUUAUUCUGGACUGCAGGGUGUGCAAUAAACAUAAAUAUGCGCAAAGCGACCCAAAAUGAAUGCUGUUAACAUGAACAAAAUAUAGUACUAACUAAUGCACUGUUUGCAGCGAGCAGGAUACAUGCAUGGCGUUGUUAUUUGUGAAAAACAAAUGAUUUUUCUACAUUAUAGUUAAUGGAAACUAU